AUGGACUGGCAACCGGGCUAUCCUUCCGAGCCCUUUGGGGCGUACAUGGAGCCUCUGGACCCCCCCUACCAGGUGCCCGUCAUCCCACAGGACAUUUUCGAUGACUUGGGCGAUCUGGAUACCACCUCUUCUCACGACACGGAGAUGGAUCUGGACAUGGACAUGGGGCCUCCCAGCCACUACAUGCGCGAUGUUGCGAUCCGAGAGAGUGCUGCAGCCGAGGGCGUGGACGAGGACCGGCCAGACUGCUUCUUCAAGUUUCUGGAAGAGGAGUUUCGUCAGGGUACUCUCUCCUCAGAGCUGUACCAGAGAUCAGUAUACAAAACGGUGGAGUUUCCGGACACUGUUACCCCAGACGUCUUGUGUGAGCAUCCGAUUCUCGACAAACAGGGACUCGAGUGGGGUACGCUGUUUGAGUCGUCCCGAAGAGGCUCCUUUCUCAUCCCCGACGGAGUAUGUGAAAGCGUGGCAACCCACAAGGCUCUGGUGCGCAAACUCAGAUACCAGCGCUACGCGGCUUACCGUCCGCCACCUAGCGCAUCUCCAACGAUUCAAGGCUUCGAGCACUCACUCAUGGCGUUCCAGCGGUGCUUCACUAACCCCAAACCCCAUCUUUUCCAUUUCCAGCUGAGAAACCUGAUGUAUCCCGUUUCAGCCACGCAGGUUUUCUACAAUGCCAAUCAUAUGGAUGACUUCCAGGUGGAUAUGCUCAAUCCAGAAACGGGCGAACAGACGGUCGCAAUAUCACCUGAAAUGUGUGACCCAUCUCUCCAGCAAUUGAGAGUGUCCGCCUUAGCAGCUAACAGGAACGUGGUUAUGCUGGGAAGCACAAAGGGCGUGUUUGUGGUGAAACCGUUGGCUGAAACGUCGUCGUCAGAAAAGAAAUCGUUUCUCUCUUCGGGCAUGAUAUCGUCUGGUAACGAACUACAGGUCAACUACAUCUCCUUGUUGUCCUCUUCAGCCCUGAUAUCAGGCAACGACAACGUUCUUCGGACUCUGGACCUGAACACUCUUAAGGCAAAAGACUCCAUUACACUCAACUAUGCUGCUAAUGCUACGGCCUUUCUCCCAGGCUCGGAAAAUGUCUGCGUCAUGGCUUGUGACUCGCAGGAGUCGCACGUCUACGACUCGCGAUCGGGUAAACUGCAAAUGUCAUUGCAGGGUCACACGGACUUCGGAUUUGCAUGUGCCUGGUCUCCCGAUGGCAAAACAGUGGCUACAGGCAACCAGGACGGAACUUGCCGUCUGUACGACAUCCGAGGAGCGUCCAACCAAUGCAUCGGCGCCGUUUCGGGAAAGUUGCAGGCAGCUAUUCGGUCCGUGGAUUUUGAUGCUUCCGGAAGAUAUCUUGCUAUUGCCGAGCCGGUCGAUUACGUGACUGUUAUCGAUACGUGGUCGGAAUGUACGUCCAGACAGACGAUCGAGUUCUUUGGAGGCACCGCCGGCGUCAGAUUCACUCAGUCGUGUUCGCUGGGCGAGUACCAGCAGUUGACAAUUGGUGUUGCUGAUGAGACUGUUGGAGGAGUCAUUCAGUACAUGCGACCCAGUCAGUUACAGGGUGAGGAUUUUGGAUUUAUCUAG